AAGCAUUUUCCAACGCUUCCGAUUUAAAGAAACAUCUGAGAGUACAUACUGGAGAAAAACCGUAUUCUUGUGAACAUUGUACAAAGACAUUUUCCAAUUCUUCACAUUUAAUGAGACAUCUGAGAAUCCAUAGUGGAGAGAAACCUUUUUCUUGUGAACAUUGCUCCAAAGCUUUUUUCAACGCUUCAGAUUUAAAGAAACAUCUCAGAAUUCAUACUGGCGAAAAACCGUAUAUCUGUGAACAUUGCUCAAAGGCAUUUCCUGACUCUUCACAUUUAAAGAAACAUCUGAGAGUACAUACUGGAGAAAAACCGUAUUCUUGUGAACAUUGUACAAAGACAUUUUCCAACUCUUCACAUUUAAUGAGACAUCUGAGAAUCCAUAGUGGAGAGAAACCUUUUUCUUGUGAACAUUGCUCCAAAGCUUUUUUCAACUCUUCAGAUUUAAAGAAACAUCUCAGAGUUCAUACUGGCGAAAAACCGUAUUCUUGCGAACAUUGUUCAAAAGCAUUUUCCAACACUUCAAAUUUGAAGAUACAUGUGAGAAUCCACACCGGAGAGAAACUGUAUUCCUGCGAACACUGCUCCAAGACAUUUACCACCGCUUCAGAUUUAAAGAAACAUCUGAGUAUCCCCAAUGGAGAAAAACCGCAUUCCUGCACACAUUGCUCAAAAGCAUUUUCAAACACUUCAGAUUUAAAAAGACAUCUGAAAAUCCAUAUUGGAGAGAAACAGUAUUCUUGUGAACAUUGCUGCAAAGCAUUUUUCUACACUUCAGGUUUAAAGAAACAUCUGAGAGUACAUACAGGCGAGAAACCAUAUUCCUGUGAAAAUUGCUCAAAAGCAUUUUCUAACGCUUCAGAUUUAAGGAAACAUCUGAGAGUACAUACCGGCGAGAAACCAUAUUCCUGUGAACAUUGCUUAAAAGCAUUUUCCAGCGCUUCAUAUUUAAAAACGCACCUUAGAAUUCAUGCUGGCGAGAAACUAUUCCUGUGAGCAUUGCUCAAAAGCAUUUUCUACAGCUUCAAAUCUUAAGAAACAUCUGAGAGUACAUACCGGCGAGAAACCGUAUUCCUGUGAACAUUGUUCAAAGACAUAUUCUGAACCUUCAAAUUUAAAUAAACAUC